UGUGGUCGUGGGGUGGUUACGCCGCAGCAAGCCGUACGCACAAGCGCAAAGUGCGCCGCGCCGCAUACACAAUAUCUUCCAAACGAUUUACGAUUUACGAGUCUGCAAAUUUAUUAGUUUCUUCUACGCGCUGCUUGUUGGCGUUUCGAAAUUCGUUGUUUUUUUUUUUGUUUCUUGCUUGUUCAUUUUAACUUUAAUUUCAUAGUAAAUUGUGCUAAUAAAAACUGCAGAAGAAGAAGAAGAGAGGAAGAAAUUUGUGGACAAAAAGUGUUUUCUCAUACGGUUCAACGGUCUUUUUGCAUUUGAUGGCAUAAAGAGCGCACGCACACUCAUACACAUAUAUGUGUGUAGAUUUUUGAAUGGCUUCAUGCUUUCAAAGCCUUGUCGUUUUGUUUGUUAAACAAUUGAAGCCUGCGUUCACAACUGUGCCACACCGCCACCCCCGACGCCAGCGACGCAUUCGCAGUGCUUAAAAGAGUUAUAAAUAUUAUUAUUUUUAUAUGAAAGUUAAAGCGUUUAAGCGCGCACGCAAAUAGAGUAUCGAGUGUAGAACGUGCUGUGCAUUUUAAAAUUUAACCGACCGCAUACUUACAUACGCUGCGAGGCGAAAUGCCGGUGCUACGUCAGUUCUCACGCAAUCCGCAAACGCGCAGCAAUGAGGAAUUCAUUUUCAUACGUUGUGGCAAAAAUACAAAUACUGUCCAAACAUCUUGGCGACCCCAGCUGCCGUUGCCCAAAGAACUUGCCGACGACGCCAGCGACUCCACCGAUGAGCAAAGUGCCGCUGCUGCAGACGCCGCCAAUAUGGAGCGCUCCGCACAGCAUCGCACAACGUCACAUGGCAGCAGCCGAAAAGACAAUACACUAAGCGGUGCACAAGCUGUGGCGCAACAAACGCCCCAAACGGCAAACGCUUCGAAUAAGAAGUGGUCCUUCGGGCGUCUCUUUCGUCGCAAGAAAGAGAUCGCUACGGAGUCGUCCUCCGAAGAGGAUCGUAAAGCUGGUUUUGUGCCACACCAACAAAGGCAGCCGCCACGCGUCGCUAGUGGCGCCGCUGGCAGUAGUGCCAAUUUAAAAACGAAAGCGAGUAAAUCGCAUAAAGUCAGUCGUAGCGGUAAAUUGAAUGGCGCCAGUUUCGAUCAUAUCGUUGUCAGUCCACAAACGUCGGGCGCACCAUACACACCACCACAUCCACCACCGCCGGCACAUGUAGAUCAUGAAUUCUUUUUGCCUGUGGAGACCAUAUCACCCACCGAGGCGUACUAUCAGAAUCAACAACCGCAAUACCUCCAACAUGGCGCACAACCGGCGGCAUAUACGCGCUCCGCCAAUUCACUGGAUCGACGCGCUGCAAGGGCCGCGCUUAAAACACGCUCAGCGCAACGGCUGCCGCAUGAGUCGGCGCCUGGUGCGCACUCCUCCAGUGAGGAGGAGCUGAUAUCGCUGAACUCAUCGACAUUCUCGAAAUAUCGCAGUGAUGAGAGUAUACACAGCGGCGGUCAGGGCGCCGCUAAUGCGCAGAACAGCAGGCGUAGUCGCGCCGCGCGCAAUGAACGUUACUACAAGCGCUUGUCGCGCGAUGGCGAGCCCAGCAGCGGUCAGGUGCCGGUGAUGUACGCGCCGCAACCAACACAACGCUGGAAAACGCAGCCGGUGCCGCUCUCCAUUUACAAUCCAACAGCGCAAGCGCCCACCGCCAACGCCAACAUCAGCGCUGCAGCUACAGCCGCCACACCGCGCCUACGCAACACAAGCAGCCUGCAACAUGUUGCGCCCUACGUGCAGUGGGGCCAACUGCAGCAACAACCAAAGAACUUGCAAAAUACCGUCAACGAUAGCAAACGCAGCAUCAGCUAUGACAGUCACAUACAUUUGCAGAAUAUUAAUGGCCGCUUGCAGACCAAACCAUUGCCACCACCGCCGCCACCGCGUGAUCCAUUGCGACGCGUGAAUGUCAGUGGACAAAUGCAAAAUGGCAGCGCUGGCGAUUUGCGCCCCAUUUCGUACGCCUUCGACCAAAGCGGUUUGCCGACGUUGUCGGCCACCACUCAGCGUAUGGGCGGUCGUUGUGUGUCGGAUGAUAAAAUUUGGUCGGGUCCAGCGGGACCACACUACCAAUCAGUGCAUUCAUUGAAUACGCCCAGCGCUGGUGUAACGCAACCCAUGCCACAGGGUACGCCACAUCAUCGUCGCUUUAUAACGCGCGCUGAACGUGACGCGCAUCCCGCGAAGAAAUCAUUGCCGAACGGCAUCGAAUUUCAUUAUGUUGCCGAUGCAACACCGCGCUCACGCAAACCCAUACACAUGCUGGAGCCGCAACUCGAUGCGGCGAGCAAUGACGUGGCCACCACCGGCAUCUUACGCACUUCCAAGAGCGGUCUGCCUACUGCGUCGUCCAAACAAAUGCAAGUUAAUGAUUUCUGGAAGCGCCUGGAUGCGAGCACGCAUCAACGCGGACGCGAACCUGCGCGCACUUAUGCGCAGGAAAGCAAUGUAAAACCACGCUCGAUAUCCAGCUCACGUGUGGCCGAAUUGCGCGCCUACCCAAUACCCGUUUACUCGGAAGUGCAGAAGCCAAAUAAGAAACGUACACAAGCAGCGCCGCCACACGGCGCGGAUGAGGUAGACAACAUUGUGUGCGGCAGCUUGCAUAUAAAGUCCAAGCCGGACUCAAACUCAAAUUUCGUGGAGAUACGUAAUAAGGAUUACAAUAAGAGCAGCUCAAUGCCAAACCACUAUCAGCGGCGCUCAGGUGAGAUACCCAAUACGCCGAAUAAAUAUGACGAGUAUGUCGCUGAGAAGCGCGAACAGCAUCACAAACCGAUUUUCACGCCACCAACGCCGCCACAACGUAAACUCUCCAUACCGCCAAGCAGCGCGACGCCUGAACUGCCCAUAUAUUUUCCGCGUAAGAAGCCCGCCAAUUUGGAGGAGGCAAUCAAUGAACUCGAAGCCAUCUAUAAGUCACUUGGUCUCACAGAAGAGCCGGAGAAGAAAGAGCGCGUACCGACGCCAAGCGAAUUUGAAAAGUAUGCUUUGGCGCAUGCGCACGAAUAUGAUGAUGAGGAUUCGCCUACGGGCGAACCCGAUCCGAUACGCGACGAUGUGGCCUACCGUAACAUGCAGUUGGCGAAUUUGCAGCACAAAACCGUGGAAAAGCAGCCACCGUUCGGCAUACCUGUUGGCCCGGUUGUUGCCGCGCCGCAAAACGACUAUCUGCAUGUUACGCCUAUUGUAGAGCCCAUCGCAUCGAUGAAUACGCCCGAUAUAGUUAAAGAUGAUUUGGCGGUGCGCGCCUUGCGCAAGGAUCCACCAGGCGCCAAAGAUAAGUUUAUCUACCCUUACAGCUCUUUUCAGAAAAAGAAUCGUGCUACGCGCACACAGUCCGCCAACAUAUAUAAUCUUAUACACCGCGACGCCGCAAAGCCAUCGGGCGGUGAUCUACACUCUUAUCUGGAAUUGACGCGCAGCCUAGAGCGUGCCGGCAGCAUGUCCGAUCUGCACAAGGAUGCUGGCGCAACGGCCGCGGAUGUGCCCACAACACUAGCGCUGCUGCGCAAUAUCAAAGAACAGGACCAACAACAACAACAGCAGCCGMCACCACAAAAGAAAGUCGCGAUACCCUUCCGACACCCCAGUCAAGGUGGCGCCAUUUGCGCGCUGCCCGAAAAGCUGCCCACCAAUAGCGCGCACAAAGAGGAAGUGCACAAACCGCCAGUGCCGCUGCCGCGUAAGAGUCUCACACCCGAACCGACCGCAGCGAAUGCGCAAAUGGAGGAUGCGUUAAAUAAAAUCGCCAUGGAUGCGCAAGAGAAGUCGGAGAAACUGACAAAAGAGCUGCAAGAGCUGCGCAAGGAAGCGCUGAUAACUGCCGCGCGGCCGAAAGCGGCGAGCGCUGAGGAAGAACGCCUCGAGAAGGACUUGCAGGAAAUCGAAGCGGUAUCAGAGGCGGCCAAGCGUUGCGGUAAAAUGCUUUUAGAUACACUACCGGAUGCCAGUGAGAGCACGGUACAAGCGAAACCGCGCAAACUGCACAAAGAGGGCAAAUUGAUCGAGGCUAUCGAUCAGGUAUCCGAGGCGGCAAAUGCGGUAUGUGAGAAAAUACUAAAGGAUAUUGUAACCACCGAACCGCCGGUAGUGAUACAGGAGGCAGUGCAGGUGAAGAAUAAGCAAACACCCACUGAAAUGCUCGUUAUGCCAAAUCUUAUCAAAAAACUGGAUCCCAUACAAUCGGAGCAGAUCGAGGCGAUCGCCAAACGUUGCAUGCGCCAACUGAGCGCGCUGGCCGAUGACAAUCCCGACUAUGACAACCUCAACCAGGAACUCCAACAACAGCAGCAGCAGAGCGCAACCGGAGCCGCCACAGCCGUUGCUUGUAACGUCGAACAUUUAACCAAGGCGUCAGCGGCAAAAGUUGAUAAUCUCAUUUCUACCGUUGCAGAAGUGACGCCCGUACAGCCAGCUGCGGCGCCGAAGCAGCACCCAGACAUUGAGGAGAUCGAUCAAAUUAUGCAAGAAUGCGAGGAACAAAUGCGUGCCGAUACUGUAAAUUCAUCAACGACUACAGCGCCGCCUCCUAUAGCGUUGUCGGAACGCACUUUGGCCACAACACGUGCGCUGGUCACAGCGCAUACGAAAAACAGCAGUGGCGAUGAUCACACCACAGCGCCCAGCAUGACCACAAGCAGUUAUUGCAGCAGCAGUAGCAGCAAUAACGUUGUGGGCGCAGCCAAACCGGGCGCCAGCACGACGACCUCCUCGUUCUCCUCCUCCAGCGAUUGCCUAGCCAAAUCUUCGAGUCCCUCCGCCGGUCGACGACAAUCUUCGAGCAUUACCUCCUUCAAUCCUUACUCCUCCAGUGAUUAUAUUAAGUCACCAAGUAGUGAAUAUCAUGCACCCAGCACCGAUCCAAUAAAAACGUUCAGUAGCACCUCGUACGAUGUCAAAUCGACUACGAGCGCCGCCACACCGAAUAUAAGCGCCACAACGAACAGCACAUUUAGCUACUCGCCAUCGCCGCCACUCAAUCUGACGCCCGUCAGUGAAACUGCCGCCAUCAUUGCUGCCGAAGGUAGUCGCGCGGCGUCAGCUACGCGUCAGUCGCAGGAGCGCACGCGCACACGCCCAUCUUCCUCGCCAUCGCAGUACAACUCCUCCGAGGAGUUGGCAAUGAUUUUCGGUAUUGACGAGCAGCCGCGUCGCCAACGCGCCCAACAACAAGCCAAAGAAAUGCAGUCAGCUACAAAAGUUUCAGAAUCCGUCGACACUACACAUAGCCCUAAUACCAAUUACGAAAACAAAUCGUCAAAUUGUAGUCUAUCCUCCGCAUCGGUCACUGCCAAAUCGAGCUGCCARCAAACAUCAUCAGUAUACGAUAAAAUAAAGCAUCAGCAACAAUUGCAACAGCGUCAACAAGCGUCAAAACAUCACUCGAAAGAACAACAACAACAACAACCAGGCACCAGAUCUUCGUCGUCCUCCUCCACACGCUAUCACGGUGUGCAUCCACAUUUUCACCACCACACCGCACCAGCCUACUAUACCGACGUCAAUCUACACAUACACACCCCGAAAGCUAACGAUGUUACGUCACUAAAUGAGAAUUACCAGAGUGUCUACAAUACACCAACACAAUUGGUGAAAGAGCAUUAUUUUUCCAAAACUAGUACCGCUACAGUAGUGCCACCACCAAUUGGCACGGGUGCAGCAGUUAUUGGCCGCGCCAACACUACAUCGCCCUCGUCGCUGGAGAAGCGCGAACGCGAACGCGAGCGUGAAUGCAACAAAGCGCCGAUCGACAGCGCUAGUAGCAACAAGAGCGCCAACACAGCAGCUGCACGUGCCGCUUUUUUUCGUGGCGGCUCUGCGGGCAGCAGCGGCUACAACAACAACGGCGAAAGGCCAAGUCGCGAAGCUUUAGCGAAAUCGUCGCCAGCAUUUGGGCGCCCUACCGAGACAGGUGAAUUGAACGACACCACAUACACACCAUACGUUGACAGUGGUAGUAGUUUUGUUGUUGUUGAUAUCAAUAGCAGUAGUGAUUGUAGUAAAUAUAAUAAUAAUAAUAAUAAUGUUAAGUCAUUAGACGACAACAGCGCGACAGACAUAACACAACACGAUAGCAUAAAUCAUAAUUACAACAACAAUAACAUAAAAUCCAUAACGUCCCCCACAUCACCGACAGGCACGAAUACAUCGACCACAACAACAUCGGCCGCACGCAGUCGCAACUCGCAUCGUUUCGCUGGUAAGAGACGCGCAGUGCGCGUGCGUAGCGAAUCCCGACCGAUUAGCGCACUCUAUGAUAUAAUAUGCAAGGAGAAGGGUCUGGAUAUUGGUACCAGCACCACGAACGAAGAAGACUCGUCAGCGCCGUCAAACGACGACGACGCGCAUCAUAGCGCACGCAACAGCCAUAAUACUAAAGGCAAGAGCAAAGAACGCAGCCAUCCACGCAGCAGCAGCAGUAGAAAUAAUAGUCUAAAGAAUAGUAAAGAUUACGCAGAGAUCUCAAACUGUCUGACCGCAUUCGUGGCCAACUCUUUGUCCAACUAUUUGGGUGGCCAGGCAUACGAUCAAACGAAUAUGGAUCACGCGGCCACCGCGUCCGGUGAUACAAAUGCAACACACGAUCGCGCCAAGCGCUCACACAAGGCGCGCGCGUCCAGUGGCCACAAGCCAGGCUCCAAGAAGCGCAAGGAUGUUGGCGGUAAAACAAAAGCGAGCGCGCCGCGCAGUCCUCGUGAUGAAGAGCUGAACGGCGAGACAAGUGAAGAUUCGAAUGAGGCGUUUGCGCACACCACACUGUCGGCGCGCUCCAAGCAUCGCGCUGAUUGUAAUCGCCGCAUGAAUGGCACUGAAAAGUCAGCCUCCUUGCCGCCGCAGUUGCAUGUCACAGCGCAGCACACCACGACCACCACCGCCACAGGCAUGCCGCAAAAGGCAACCACUCAUACAAAUAAUGUUGAAUCAAAUACUCAUUUGAAUGUGCGCAAAAAGUGCUCCAUUCAUUGUCGCUGUCAGUUGGGUUGCGAAUGCCGCUCCGCGAAUUCCGCUCAUCGCACCACACAUUAUCCAUAUGAAUAUCAUCAAUCCUCAUUACCACCAAACCUGUCAUCCGGCACAUGUAGUAGCGUACGCUCGCCCAGCACCGCCGAUGACGAGAGUCUCGGUUACUCCCCCGAAAAGCUAUAUAUUGAACCUGUAAAUAUGAAUUUAAGUGGUAUCUCAUCUAGCCCUGCUAACGCUAAACAUGCCAAUAGUAGUAGCAGUGGUGUAGUGCUUGAGCCGACGUCCAGCAUACACUCGGUGCGCAAUAGCAAGGAGCGCGUUAGUCGCGCCCAGCAACGUCGCUUGCGCGAAGAGAUGCGUCGUCAUACGGAUCUGCCGCAAUUGGACUCACUCUCGCCAUCCUCGCUUAGUAAUAUUAGUCAAGUGGUGGGUGCGGCGGAAAAGGCACUGAGUGAAGAUGAAGGUGUUGCGGGCGUGAAGCAACAAGAGAACCGCACGAACAAAGCGAGAAGAUUUAUAAAUCGUCCCAGUCGUACACCGUCACGUGGUCGCAGCGCCAACAGCGCGCACAGUUCACCGCAUUCAGCACGCCGCAACAACACCCAACACGCCGACACCUCGACAUCCUCGUCCUCACCACCAGCCGAAUCGUCGCAUAGUCGGCAUCUAACCGCCGCUGCAGUUAGACACGACUACAGUUUGAGUAAUCUAGCGCUGCCACCAGUCAGCCCGAACGCCAGCACCGUUACCAUUGAGGAUGUAGGCUCGACCUCCUCUAGCGAUCACAUUGCCCACAUACAAUUAUCCCCAUUACAAAUAAUGACCAAUUCAGCGGCACCAGCCACCGAGCUGCGUCCCCCGGCGAACGGCAGCACCACGCUCGAUGUAGGCGAGGCUCAACCCGCCGAUACGGAGGUGAAUGCGGAAGCCGGUACGGCCAAUUUCGGCGUUCAGGUGGCCAUUUCAGCAGCAGAAGCUUUGCGUCAACGCAAAUACGAGGUCCAUACACAUAAAUCUCCACAUAAAAAUCCUUCCAAAACCAACACACGAACCAUUACGACCACAAGCACCACGCCCACAAUUACAAGUGUCAGCGUUACGAAUAGGUCGUCGACGACAAUUGUAAAUCAGCGCGACCAACAACAACAGCAACCACUACAAUACAACAAUAAAAGCAACUACAUUAGCACGAAUGCUAACUACAACAGCGCGAACACGACGUGUACACAUAACAGUAAUAGUUGCCACAACAGUUACGCCAUGCCUACUGAAACAUUUUUGCUUAAACAAAAAGCGGCAAUGCUCGCCGCAAGCAGCGCCAACACCAACAGCAACAACAACACCGGCGCUACAGUGAUUGUGAAAAAGAAACCGUUAUCGCCGCUACAAAUCAUUGCAUUGCCACACAAUGCAACCCUGACCACACUAUCGCCUCCAAUCGGCACUGCUACAGCGGCAACAACGUUAACAGCAACAACAGCGCAUCAGCUGAGUCACCAACAUAACGCGCAUGCAUGCACUGGCAUCCAUCGACAACAACAACAACAACUACAAACGGGACAUGUGACACAAACGCUGCCGCGGCGUCCGAGUCCACUUUUAGGCGCACCGCUCUCACCCUUCACCGCGGCGCGCUCACCGUUGUCGCCAUGCGCGUCGCCACAUUACGUGCGUCCGACGAAAGCGUCGCGCCUGCGGGCAGCCGCCUUGGAUAAGAAAAAGUGCGAAGACGAGACAAUUCAGCGUCCACGCUCACCAUGCUAUGGUUCACCGUUGACAUCACCACGUCCAGCCGCAUCACCAAAGCAUCAAUCGCCGCGCCUCUCGACGAGCUCAUCAUCGGACAAUCCACGUCCAACCACAGCCGAUUCAGAAAGUGAUACAAAAUUGGCGCAAAACUCAUCGCUUACCGUAAAGCAACGUCUCACAUCGACCUCCUCCAAUGAGUCACCAACCACCAAUAAGAAGUUGAUACCCUCCGUUUCCGUAUCGGUUAAACAGAAUCUCAGCGAAUUGCAAUUUAAUGGUGGUCCUAAGAAAACGAGCUCUUCAAAAUUGAAAAAACCACGCACGCAGAACGCAACGCCCGCGCCAGCAACUGAAUGCACCGCCAAAUUCACACGCUCUGCGGGCCGCUUAUCAACAGCCGAAGAGUCAGAUACGCAUGCGCUAGCGAACAAGGCGACAAAACCGCUGCCGCGUCCACGCACGUCCACCACCAUAAAAUCGAGCAAAUCGAAAUCGACAAAUGAUCUAAAAGCGGCGAGCAGCGAUAGCUCGCCCAGCAAACCGGAGCUGAGCCCGGUUAAUGGUGGAACUCCUGCGAGUCCCUUGGAGGAUCGCGAUAAAUCAUCGAAACGCAAAUCGAAUUUGAACCGUUCGCUCAACGAAGAGGCCACCGUCGAUAGUGUAAUCAAUCUGAAAUAUCUGCUGCUAACCGCAAAAAUAAGGAAAAAUAAGCUAUUUUUAAAUGACUCGUUAGCAGCGCGUCGUCGUCGUCGCCGUGAGCUCGGCAUGGUGCGUCAACUCGUGCCGCCCGAUGAUCCAGUGCUACGUGAAAUGCUAUCACCACGUCAAAACAAAGCCGACACGUCAGCCAAAAAUUUGGCGUGCCACAAACCGCCACACAACGAAUUGGCCUAUCACAUGGAGAUCGCGCGUCGCGGUUGGGAUCUAGUCAAUCCGAGCGUUAGCAAUCGUGCGCGCUCCGAAACGGCUAGUCCAAAAUAUGAACUGCACGCACGUGAAAGCUUGAUUCGAGAACGGCCGAGCAGCAAUCGUUUAGCACGCCGCAGCGAUACGUUGCAUCUGGGCGAAUUGCGCAAGUUGCGCUCGAACGAUGUCAAUCGGAAGGUAAAUGAGCGUACAAAAACCGAUUUGGCCGAGAUUAAGAAGAUCGCUGAACAGGCGAAUGUUGAAAUGGCCAUGAUGGCUUCGGGUAUUGCCGCGGAACUAGCUGCACAGGCGGUACGUGGUGGUGAGGAUUACAUCAGCAAUGAUUUGGAGGGCAGAGAUAGCAGUGAGUGUGUUGUGGAGCUGGCAACGCCGGCACGUUACGGCAUCGGUAGUCGUCCACAAGCGUUAACGCCACCGCCAGCACCAUCGUAUACGGAAUUAGAGGUGGCCGCCGAAGCGAAGGAGCGUGAUCCAUCACCAGCCAAACAUGCCACCUUCGUGCAGGAAGAACGCAUCUACUACGAACCCGAAGCGGACGAGCUGGUGGCUAAGUCCAUCUCGAAUACGACAAUGUCUGGCGGCAUAUUGCGACAGCGUAUAUUGAAAGCGCGUAGCAUGGAACGUGAUGCUGGUCAUGAGCCGCCAAAACUUUCACCAAUAUUACGGCGCAGAAGCACCGAUGAUCCCACAUAUAUACCGGUGCCGACUAGCGCAAGCGUAUACUCAACAUCGCCAUCCACAUCGACACACAACCACAUUGUUUCGAUACUCAAGAAGAAAGAUCAUAUUGCGGGUGAGUCCAGUUCGGCUUCGAGCAACGCUUCGCCGGUGACAUUUUCCGCAAACGUAGUCGAUACACCGACUUCGAAACAGAAACGUGCCGGUAUACUUAAGAAACGCUCGAGUUUGGACGAGUCACGCUAUUACUCGCGCUCACAUUCGCCCGACGAACGCAGCAUACUUAUUAAAUCGGCGCGUCGCAAUUCAUUGGAGGAGACUGCCGGCUUACAGCAACAGCAACAGCAUGGCAUACUCAAGCAGAGCAGCUAUGAGAGUAGCAAAAGCGAUGGUUGUCCCUCCGCCACUGAACCACAUCCGCAUGGUAUAUUGAAGAAGAAAGAUUCUACCUCGACACCUUCCGAUGGUGGCACACAUGCCCCGAAACAUGUCUCGAUCUCACAGGCUGUGAAAAUGGCUGCGGCUGAAUUGGGUCGCGAGACGGCCGACAAUCAGGCGGUAGCCGGCGGUGAACACGAUGAAAGCGGCUACACACCCAGCAAUGAAGAAUACGAAAUCCGCCCAAUACUCAAAUUGGAAAGUAUUUCCAGCGAUGAUGCUAUGCGUCCACCUAAACCGAUCUUAAAGAAGAAGUCGUCUGGUGACUCGGACGAAUACGAAAUACGCCCCAUAUUAAAGACAUCGCGUAAGAGCAGCCGCGAAGAGUUUGAUUUGGGUGGCGCAAUCAGCGAAGAUGGCCGUCAUUAUAGCGAACCGCCACCACCGAUUGUACGUCCAAUUUUAAAGACUGACUCACCAUCGAAACGACGUUCAUUGGGUGGUGAAGAGCUGGAACCCGAUGUUUUCAGCGCUGAACAAGUCAGUGGCCAAUCGCCAAGUUCACUCAAACGGCGUACACGCUCUUUAGAACGUCAGGAAGCGCCCGUUGUUGAUUUAGCGGCCGCCUUGAAUGCCAUUGCCACAUCACAAGCCGCACCUUUGGAAUUUGUGUCUACGCCGAUCACAACCGGUGGCAGCAUUUCGGUUGCGGAGCGUAUAAAAAAUAUGGAAAUAUUCCUAAGCAGUAACGGUACUUCACCGUCUACGCCGGUGGAUGUCAACACCAGUUGGGAAUCGCCUUUGCAGUCGGGCGUCACACCGAAAUUGUUCAAACCGAGCGCCAUACGACGCGACAUGUAUCGCGAUCGCUACAAGACGCAACCGAUAACGAAUGAUGAAAAAUUACUCUUUAAAGCCACAGCAUCGCCGCUUGACACCUCCACCACAUCCGCCUUCAAACCGACUAAAUCGCUGGACGCGGGUCUCAAUUACAACACAUUCGCCCAUUUGAAUGCGCCAACAGCCGCCUCUAGCAUCUCGCCGGGUAGCAGCUACACACUCACGCGUUGCGCCACCCAGCCGCUGCAUAGUCAGCAUCACUUCAAGGCAGCGGAAACGUCUUCAUCUUCCAAUACACCACCACUGCCAACGCUACGCGCCGCAAUCGGACGUCACAAUUCGUUAAGUGAUAGUUACAGCAACGCUAAUAACAACAAUCACAACAAUAACAACAUAAGUGAACAAUUAAACCUAUCGACGGGUAGUGACAGUGAACGUAUCUUUGAAAUGUCUGGCAUUGAGGAGGCGCCAAUCGGAGGUGCUGGCAAAGUUGAAGAUGGUGCUGACGCCGCCGGUGCUGGUGCUGGGCUGACACGCAAGAAUAGUGUACGCGCUCGUGCUAAUAUGUUCCAACAGCUGCAGCAGGAGAAGACUAGAAGCGCCGAGGCAACGUCGACGUUAGCUGGCACGGCUCCCGGUCGUGAGGAGCGAACUUCACCGCGACGAGGAUCGUCCCAGCUUUCGCCCACGUUCUCCAUGCUCCCAACAAUAGCUCCUAUAAUGAGCAGUAGCAUUUCUAGUGUUAGCAGCUUACAUACGAACAGUCACGAGGAACCGAAAACACCGCAAAAUCCGAUCAGAACAGAUGAGGAAAUCGUUGCCGCUCAAUUGCUACCAACCAAAUCGGCCUUCGAACCACCGAAAGGCAUACUCAAAUCCAAGUCCAUCGGUGUCGGCUUUAUGCCCAUGGACUUGAGUUCCGAAUUGAAAAAUCGGCUGAAAAGCUCCACACACGCCUCCGUCUCCAAUCUGCGCAAAUCGGCAACGACACACAACGCCAAUCGCGUGCAGGAUGCGUAUGUCAGCGGUGCCGCAACCGCAGCGUCCGGUGGCGCGCCACAACACGACGACGCUGUUAGUCUCGUGCGUAAUCUCUCGAAUUUGGGCCGUCCACCGACAGCGACGAGCGGUGGCGCCGGUUUGCGUGGUGCUGACACAAUCGCUUCCACCUCGGAAGGUGAAAGUUCGGGCGGUCGUGAAGUUUCGGAAAUAAUUAAAAAUAGCGCCGUUGCACGCCGGCGAAAACUGAAUGAUGGCUCCAAUCUCAUUGCGAAAAGUAAAAGUCAUUCUGACAUCGUCGCCGCUGCACCACCUCCACUCGGCGGUUUGCCCAUUGGCAUUGGCCCUCAAUUGCCACCAUUCGGUAGCGGCGGUUUUGUCAAAUUGCGGCAUGUAGACAAAGCAUCAGAACAACAGCAGCAACAACAAGAACUACAGCCAGGUGUACAGCAUCAAUCCGACGCCGAGUCAAAUCGCAGCAACUUUCCGAACGCACAAAGCGUACAAAACUUACAAGAAGAAGCAGAAGGUGAGGCCGCGCAGGCGCAUAAUCCCACUGCUCUACCGGCAUUUUUACAAGGCGGUCUUCGUCGCAGCUUAACACAGGUCAUGGGUCCGGAUCAACGCACAAUUACAGUCGGCUGUAAGGCAGGCUCGAUCGCCGAUCGGCUUGCAGCUCUGCAAAAGAGCGGAGAGGAUGAUUGGAAGAAGAGAAUCUCACGACGCGAUGAAGUCGAUGAAAUACGACGGGAGAAUCUAGUAAAUGAAUCACUUUCUUUAGCMCACUCACUAUCGGACAAACCACUGCCGCAUUCACCACUCAUACCAAAUUGCUUGGAAGGUGGCAAAGUUUCAGAUCGUUUGGGUAAAUUGAAAACAUCUUCGGAGAAGUGGAAGGAUCGUAUUGAACAAUCUGAUGCCUCAAAGUUCACAGUCGCUGGCCGUCUGCAGAAGAAAGCACAGUCACCGAUUGAGCUACAAUUUGAGCGCGAACAAAAUGCCGAACCGAAAAAGUGUCCCAURCAUGUGGUGCGCAGCGCCAAUCAACCACAACUUGGACUCGCCAAGAGUCCAUCGAUGAUGGUGACAACCAAUACGAAYGGUGGCACCAACGGUGGCACGAAUGGCCAUCAUAAUUACCUGCAGCGCAGCUUGAGCGUAACAGCCGAACGUCCCAAUAGCGAAUCGGCCAACUCUAGCUCUGACUCCGACUCGGAUGGACGCUGCAAUGAAAAGGAGACGAAGAAUAAGGCGAACACAAUGAGUGCUGCCGCAGAGCGUGCUUUGGGUACACGUGUUGCGGUGCCGAAGUUGGACGACGAAGAGACAUUCGAGAAAUUCUUUGCAUCAAAGAAACAAGCACCCAUACAGACAACCGUUAUUAGCGAAGAUGCCGAAGUGCACGAUUUCGAUUUUGAUAGCAUCAAGACGACACAGCGUUUGGUUACAAAACGUACCAUACAAGGUCCGAAGGGCAGACGUGCAGCACGCAACCCACUCAAGAGUUUAGCCGAACGCAGCGAUAUCACUUCCGAGUAUACCGAAGUUAAGUCUGGUGUGGCUGAACGUGAAAUGCGUCGCUUGAAGCUCGAGUCGUAUGGUCAUCGCAGCAGUAACUUGGCGGCCGAGGCCAUCGCCGGGCUGGCAUCCGUCGAAGAUUUCAAAUCGGUUGCUUUGAAGUCCUCCGCGCUGCCACUUAAUCAAAUGUGGGUUCCCUAUAAAAAGCUUAUGUUGCUGCAUGUCAAGGGCCGUACGCACGUGCAGACGCGCUUGGUUGAACCUACUUACAAGUCGGUGAAUCGCGGCGAYUGUUUUAUACUCGUGCAUGGUGAUCAAUUGUACCGUUAUGUCGGCUCGUACGCUAAUGUCAUCGAAAUUGCGCGCAGCAAGAAAAUAUGCGCCUAUAUAGUCGAGAACAAAGAUCUCGGUUGCACCGCGUCUGCCGAGRUCAUACUCACCGAUGGCAAAUUCUUAAAUGAACGUCACUGGAAGAAAUUCUGGGAGCUGCUGGGCAAACCGGAAGAUUAUAUCAUACCCGAUUGUGGGCAUGCCGAUGAAGAUGAUCUCUUCGAAGCAAGCCUCAUAGAGACCAACAAAAUCUACGAGUUCCAAGAUGAUUCAUUGGUGCCGAUGGAAAAGUACUGGGGCUGCAUACCGAAAGUUGAGAUGCUCGACCCCAACAAGGUUAUCAUUUUCGAUUUCGGCAGCGAAAUGUAUGUGUGGAAUGGCAAGACGGCGUCGACAAAUGCCAAGCGUGCYGCCAUUAAGUUGGCACAAGAGCAUUACGACACCGGCGAUGUGGACUACUCCAGCUGCUACGUCAAUCCCGUUAAUUAUGCAGCCAUUGUAGGUAAUCGCGAGUCUUAUAAAUUCCURCGGCGUUGUGAGAAGCGCGGCGACUGGUGUAUUUUGGGUAAAAUCACACAAAAUAUGGAAACUUCGCUUUUCAAGGAGAAAUUCUCCGAUUGGCCGGAAGUGGAGCGUGAAGAUCUGGAAAAAGAUUAUCUCGUAAAUGGUGUGCAUGCGGUGAAAGCGCUCGAUGGACACGUGCUCUACAAGGGCGAACCUUAUCUUGAGCCUAAUUUAGUGUUAGAAAACGCCAAUUUGGGGCGUGGCAACUUCUAUUACGACAACGACAGCAUGCGCCACUUCGAUGUCAUCACAAUAUCCACCGACAAAUGGCAGAUACACGAGUUCAACUUCGAYAACGCCAACGCUAGCAGUUACGGACACUUCUACUCGGCCGAAAGUUACAUUGUGCGUUGGGUAUAUCAGAUUUCGGUGACAGUGCGCGAGUUGAGUGGCAAAAUCUCCAAACGCGCCACCGUCGGACGCGAUCGUUGUGUAUAUUUCUGCUGGCAGGGCAAUGAUUCCAGCGCCAAUGAGAAAGGUGCUGCCGCGCUGCUCACCGUCGAGUUGGAUAAGGAGAAGGGCGCACAAAAGCGCGUGGCACAGGGCGAUGAAACACCCGCUUUUAUAAGGCUCUUCAAAUUGCUAUUCCAGCACAAAGGCCGUAAGGAUGAUUGCCUAGAACGUCGCAACACAUGGCGUCUCUAUCAGAUCACUGGCAAUGUGCCGGAGGAGACGCURCUCAGCGAGGUGGACUGUCAUGCUCGUCAGUUGCGUUCWCGCGCCUCCAUGUUGCUUGUGCACGGCGAUAAGGGUGUGCUGUACGUAUGGCAUGGCUGUAAGAGUGCCAAACAUACACGCGAUGUGGCUGAGCAGGCGGCAAAUCACUUGAAAACCGUGAAACCGGAGGAUUUAUUCACCGAUAGUGUGAGCGUGGUGCAGGUGGAGACGGUGGAAGAAGGCAAGCGUGCKAACGAGUUCGAAGCGGCAUUGAGCGGCUACGAUAGCAACGCCUAUUAUAGCCUACUCAAAGAGUCAACCAAAGAUUACGCUUAUACUGCSCGUCUCUUCCAUUUCUCGAGCACGCAGGGCGUGUUUAACGCCACGGAACUGCAAUAUGCGCUGCGCUGCCAGGACUUACACAGUCCGUAUCCAUACACGCAGGCGCAACUGUACAACGCACGACAACCGACCAUCUUUAUGCUCGACGACGGUGAUAUGCUGUGGCUGUGGAUGGGCUGGUGGCCGCUGGAGGAUCUCAAAAUAACCACUGAAGAGCGCAGCAGUCCAACGAAUGAGAAUCGCGCUGGCGUGAAUCGUUGGAUAUCGGAGCGACGCGCUGCUCUGGAGACAGCCGUCUCUUACUGGUGCGCCAAAUUUGGUGAAAAUAACGAAAAAGACUUCCAUGACAUUAAAGGUUAUGUCGUAUGGGCUGGCCUAGAGCCAUUGGCCUUCAAAGCCCUCUUCCCCGAUUGGAUUGAGCGCGAUGAUAUCAAAGAAAUAAACAUGCAGGAUGGCCGUACUGAUGAACCCACCCCCAUCACUGAUGUGCUAAAACAACUAACCCAAACCGAAUAUCCGCUUGCCAUMUUGAAGGAACGUCCACUGCCCGAAGGUGUGGAUCCGACACGCUUGGAACUGUAUUUGAACGCAGCGGACUUCCAGACAGCGCUCGGCAUGACCAGCGCCGAAUUCGAACAGAUGCCAUUGUGGAAGCAGACCAAUCUGAAGAAGGAGCGCGGCUUAUUUUAGUUUUAUUAAAAUGACAAAACAAAAACAACAAAACAUUAAAAAUAAUAUUUUGCUAUUUAAAUUAAAUAAGUGAAAUUUGCUUAAAGACUAGAACUGCUAACGUAAAAACAAGCAAAAAGAAUGAAAGAGAAGAGAAUGUGGCGCUUCGAAAACAAAAGAAAAAAGAAAACAGAAAACGCUAAACUUUGAGAAUUAUAUUUUGUAAUACUGUAAGCUUACAUAUUUGAGCGUGCACGCAAACGCACAUGGGCACAUGAACACAAUCAUUUUUGAUAUACAUACAUAUAUAUWUGUGCAUAUAUGCAAUACAACAACCACUAAAAUAUUUAAUAACUUUUUACAUAUUUUACAAGCUUACRAAAUAUAUAUACAUAUAUACACAGAAAAA